AUGGCAUCAGAGAUCACAAACUCGACAAGUCCAGAGUAUCUUUUCUCGGCACAGAAUGCUGCCUGCUCCGUCGUCCUCUGCAGCAUAAGCCAGAUCUGCUUGGCGCUCUGGACGAUCUCCCCUCUCCUCGCCUACCCUUCCCUCCCCCAUUUUGACCGGAUGUCUGGCAAUAAGGAGUUCGACCCUGCAAGCCUCUUGGUGGGCGUUUCCAAGGUGAAGUUGUUGUUUCACUUCUUCAUUGCCUUAUUCUCCGUCAGCGACGUCGUGAGCGGAGCGGCAGUCGCCCCAAUCCCCAUCAUCACCUGGCCGCUUUAUUUGAGCAUCUUCACGCUCGCGGCAAAGUGUCCUGCUCUUCACUUUUCACCGGAUAAUCCCCUAAGGCCUUCGGAUUUUCAUUUCGUAGGCCACUGGGCCUGCUACUCCCUCUUGUACGUCUUAUUUCGAGCCUUCGAUACCAUCAUCGACCGGAAACCCUCGUACGCCUUCGUCCUAGCCGCUCUCAUUGUGUUUUCCAUCAGCGAGUGGCUCACGAAGCACGUGACGAAACACACACAUGCUUACAUCACGCGGAAGAUUUCCUAUCCUGGCUGGCUUUGGGCUGGAGUGUCAUACUGGCCUUUGCUCUUCUUCUUGGACAGAUCAUAUUGA